AACGAGGAAACGGCCACGCAGUAGUCUACAAAUACAAAUGAAGAAGAAAUUGACCGGAAGUAUUGCUUUUUUGGUUUUCUAUGGUAUGAAAUAACAACAAGCGGCCAAGACGCGAUCAUGUCUAUUGUAUUUGUUCCGAAAAAACUAAGAGGAAGGGCACAAAUUAACCAGGAAACGAUACAGAGGUUACUGGAUGAAAACGACCAGUUGAUAAGAUGCAUCACUGAAUACAUGCAGAAAGGUCGAGCCGUGGAGUGUGUACAAUAUCAACAGAUCCUGCACCGAAACCUGGUUUAUUUGGGUAACAUAGCUGAUGCCAGUCCUGAUCACAUUCCCGCCCCUUCACAGUCUGUACCCACGGGACCAGCCUCCACCGCUGCAACCAAUGGAAAUGGAUCAACAUUGUGACAUAUGUAUCAUAUACUUUAUAUAAUUUAAUAUUUACAACAGAAGUCUAUAUAUUAUGUGUUGUGCCUUUGCAUAUAUAUAUUUUUUUAUAUUUUCUUAAAUGUUGAAUAAAAGAAUAAUUUGUGUUUCUUGAGUCAUUUGUUGUCAACACCAAAAAGUCAGAGACCAUUUUGUUUGCUAGUCAUUUUUAUUAAUUUUUUGCUAUGCUGGUACACUUGGAAAGUUUCAGUUGCCAGCUCAAGAGAACAAUAAGCAACAUAAGCCAAGCAGCCCCCCCCCCUUCAUGUCUUCAAACAGGGCAACAGGUUAAUUUUUUUUUUUUUUUUAAACAUCUUUUGUAGAAGCCACUAGUAAACCAUAUGACACAGCUGAAGAGCUAACAGUUACAGUCCAUGUCUGUAGGGAUGUCUUUUAAAAAAAAGGCUUCAA